CCUUCCCUACCUAAUGUAAACAUUCCAACUUAUCCAUCCUCUUUCCCUUUAUAAUAUAUCAACAUGGUGUUGUUCUAAGUGUGUCUCUCCAUGGCUACCAUCAAUGUUUUCACAUACUUUGCUGUCUUGCCAAUUUUCUUCCUUCCGGUCAUCGGGCAGCUCUCACCAGACUUCUACGAUGCGGUGUGCCCUCAAGCGCUUCCCACCAUCAAACAAACGGUCGAGCAAGCGAUCGCACUCGAGCCUCGGAUGGGCGCAUCAUUGGUCCGGUUGCACUUCCACGACUGCUUUGUUAAUGGUUGCGAUGGCUCAAUUUUGCUGGAUGAUACCUCAACCUUCACCGGCGAGAAGACAGCAGGGCCCAACAAAAAUUCGGUCAGAGGCUUCGAUGUAAUCGAUCAAAUUAAAGAUGCCGUCAACGAUGUGUGUUCAGAAAAUGUGGUCUCGUGUGCUGAUAUCCUGGCCGUGGCUGCCCGGGACUCGGUUGUGGCGCUGGGAGGAAGCUCCUAUGAUGUUCUCGUAGGCAGAAGGGACUCGACCACGGCGAGCAAGGAUGCAGCAAACACCAGCAUCCCCUCCCCUUUCUCCGACCUCUCGGCCCUGGUCUCCAACUUUGAAUCCCACGGUUUGGCCCUGGAGGACCUCGUGGUCCUCUCCGGCGCCCACACCCUCGGCUUCGCUCGAUGUGUCUCGUUCCGAAACCGGAUCUACAACGAGACCUCCACCAUCGACGGCGACUACGCCGCCUCCCUCCAGGCCGUGUGCCCGCCGUCGGGCGAUGACGACAACCUCUCACAGCUCGAUGACACUCCGGCGAGCUUCGACACGGCCUACUACCAAGACCUGAUGGGGAGCAUGGGGCUGCUGCACUCGGACCAGCAGUUGUUCAUGGGGAAUGGGAGUGCGGCCGAUGAACUGGUGCAGAAUUACGGUGGGGACCCUGACGCCUUCUCAGCGGACUUUGGGGCGGCUAUGAUUAAGAUGGGGAAUAUCAGCCCUUUGACUGGAAGUGAUGGAGAGAUUCGGAAGAAUUGUCGGGUUGUGAAUUCGGAUUAAGAUGAGGAGUUUGCUGGCAACUUCGAUUGGAGGGCUUGGUGAGUGUGGGAAUGCAUGGUUGCUGGGUCUUCGCAAGUUGGUUUCUUAUAUUACAAGAUUUCAGCAAUAAGAAAGGUUUCGUGCGUUACUUAGCAAGCAAUAAGUAUACAUAAUGUUACAUCACAAUGGUAAAGCUGAGUGAUCAAAAUAUCUACUUAGCAAUUUAGAAGAUUAUGCAUGAUCUAGGUGAUUUCAGCAAUAAAAAGUUUUCGUGCAUUACUUAGCAAGUA